UAAGACCCCGGAGCGCCCCGGGUCCGCGCGAGUGUGGGGUGCCGCGCUGUUGGAUUCGUCGCCGAAGAGAGGAGGGGAUGUGGGCGGGGCUGAGGCGCUUCUCCUUUGCCAUCCGUUUUUUUAUUUUGGUGGGGCGGCAGGGCUGGUGAGACCUCCGGGGAGCACAGUCGCCAGUCCAUCACGGAGACUCACCUGGCCCCAUAAUUUGGAGGAAAAACAAAAAAAAAAGAAGAAGAAGCAGAAAAGUGCGCCUUCCGCUUGCCAGGAUUGGAACUAUCUCCCCAAAAUUGACCUGCUCUUGAUGGCAUGUGGCUUGUAACUUUGCUCCUGCUGUACUCUCUCCAAGAAGUACACAGUGAGGACGCGGCCUCCACCAGGCUGUACUUUGCCAACGCCUCGCUACAGAGGGUGACCUACUCCAGCUCGGUGGGGGUGUCCCUACCCUGUCCAGCAGGGGGCACCCCGAGCGCCGUCCUCCGCUGGUACCUGGCCACCGGCGACGACAUCUACGACGUGCCCCACAUCCGUCACGUGUACGCCAACGGCACCUUGCAGCUGUAUCCCUUCUCGCCCUCCGCCUACAACAGCUACAUCCAUGACAACGACUACUUCUGCACCGCCGAGAACCAGGCGGGCAAAAUCCGCAGCCCCAACAUCCGCAUCAAAGCCGUUUUCAGGGAGCCGUACACGGUGCGCGUGGCGGACCAGCGCUCCAUGCGGGGCAACGUCGCCGUGUUCAAGUGCCUCAUCCCCACAGCCGUGCAGGAGUACGUCAGCGUGGUCUCCUGGGAGAGGGACACCGUCUCCAUCGUCCCAGGCAACAGGUUCUCGCUGACCUCUUUUGGGGCUCUCUACAUCUCGGAUGUCCAGAAGGAGGACGCCCUCUCCACGUACCGCUGCAUCACCAGGCACAAAUACAGCGGCGAGACGCGCCAGAGCAACGGCGCUCGGCUCUCCGUGAUGGACCCCAACGAGUCCUCACCCAGCAUCCUGGACAGUUUCCAAGGAGGCGAGGUGUACGCGGGCCAGAGUAUCGAGCUCCCCUGCAUAGCGGGCGGUUACCCCGUCCCCACGGUGCGUUGGCUGAAGGACGGGCGCCCGCUGCCCUCGGACGCCCGCUGGACGCGACGCUUAACGGGGCUGACCAUCAGCGACCUGCGACAGGAAGACAGCGGCAACUACGCCUGCGAAGUCACCAACAGCUUUGGCUCCAAGGAUGUUUCUGGACAGCUUCACAUAAUAGAUCCGCUUCGAGUGACCUUAUCGCCCAAGAAUCUGAAAACCGGAAUCAGCAGCACGCUCUUCUUCACGUGCACUGUGGAAGGUUCUCCGGAAUACAGCAUCAACUGGUACCGCAACGCGGAAGCCAUCUUGCCCGACCAGCACAUCUCCAUCCAGGGCCAGCACAACGACACGCUGCAGAUCACCGCGGCGCAGAAGUUCCACUCGGGGGCCUACCAGUGCUUCGCUUCCCGCAAAGGCCACACCUCUCAGGACUUCUCCAUCAUUCUGCUCGAGGACGGCACCCCUCGCAUCGUGACGUCCUUCAGCGAGCGGGUGGUGAACCCGGGCGAGCCCUUCUCCCUGGUGUGCGAGGCCAAAGGCGCGCCGCCGCCCUCCAUCACCUGGACGCUGGACGACGAGCCCGUGGUGCGAGACUCCACCUACAAGACGGGCCAGUACACGCAGUCCGACGGCCUGACCGUGUCCCACGUCAACGUCAGCAGCCCGCUCAUCCGGGACGGCGGAGUUUACCGUUGCGUCGCACGCAACUCGGCCGGCAGCGCUGAGUACCAAGCGCGCAUAAACGUAAGAGGUCCGCCCCGAAUCAGACCCAUGCGGGACAUGACGGCGGUGGCGGGCAGGAACACGUACAUAACGUGCCGGGUCAUCGGCUACCCCUACUACUCCAUCAAGUGGCUGAAGGACGGCAUGCAGCUGCCCGAUAAUCACCGGCAAGUCUUGUUUGACAACGGCACCCUUCGGCUGACGGACGUGCAGAAGGGCGCCGAUGAGGGCACCUACCUCUGUAGCGUUCUGAUCCAACCCCAGGUCUCCAUCAACCAGACUGUGCACGUAGCGGUCAAAGUGCCGCCUCUCAUCCAGCCCUUCGACAUCCCCUCCACGUCGGUAGGGAAGCUCAUCUACAUCGCCUGCGUGGUGUCAUCCGGCGACAUGCCCAUCCGCAUCACCUGGCACAAGGACGGCCAGCUCAUCGUGCCGGGCCCCACGUCCGGCGUUGCCAUCGAGACCAAAGACUUCAUGAGCUCCCUCCAAAUCUCCAAGGUGACGCUGAAACACAACGGGAACUACACCUGCAUCGCCAGCAACGCCGCCGCCACCGUCAGCUGGGAGCGACAGUUAAUCGUUACCGUGCCACCGGGAUUCGUGGUGCAGCCCAACAACCAGGACUGCAUCUACGGCAAAGCCGGAGUUCUCAACUGCUCCGUGGAGGGUUACCCGCCUCCCAAGGUCAUGUGGAAACACGCCAAAGGUGUGGGCAACCCCCAGCAGUACCACCCGGUCCCGCUGACCGGUCGCAUCCAGAUCAUGUCGAACGGGUCGCUGCUCAUCCGCCACGUGCUGGAGGACGACCGCGGCUACUACCUUUGUCAGGCCUCCAACGGGGUGGGCUCGGACAUCAGUAAGAGCAUGAUCCUCACCGUCAAGAUCCCCGCAAUGAUCACCAGCCACCCCAACACCACCAUGGCCAGGAAGGGCCAGACCAAGGAGUUGAACUGCACCGCUCGAGGCGAGCAGCCCAUCAUCAUCCGCUGGGAACGGGGGGACACGGUCAUCGACGCCGAGAGGAACCCCCGUUAUUCCAUCGGCAUCAACAAGAAGGGCGACGAAGUCAUCUCCACCCUCAAGCUGAAGCCGGCGGACAGAGGAGAUUCCGUCUUCUUCUCUUGUCACGCCAUCAACUCUUACGGGGAAGGCCGAGGACUCAUCCAACUCACUGUGCAAGAACCUCCUGAUCCUCCAGAGCUGGAAGUGAGGGAGGUGAAAGACCGGAGCAUGAACCUGCGCUGGAUCCAAAGGUUUGACGGCAACAGUAUCAUCACGAGCUACGACAUCGAGUACAAGAACAAGUCGGACUCCUGGGACCACAUGUACACGACCAGGAACAUCUCGCCCACCAACAACCAAGCCAACAUUGUGGAGUUGCACCCGGCUUGCGUGUACAGCAUCCGCAUGUAUUCCUAUAACAAGAUCGGUCGCAGCCUUCCCAGCAAAGAGCUGACAAUCAGUACGGAAGAAGCGCCGCCUGACGGGCCGCCAAUGGAUGUGAUUCUUCAGCCGAUGACGUCGCAGAGCAUUCGGGUCACAUGGAGGGCGCCGAAGAAGGAGCUGCAGAACGGCGUCAUCCGUGGCUACCAGAUCGGCUACAGAGAAAACGGACCGGGCAGCAACGGCCAGUACAGCAUCGUGGAGAUGAAGGCGACCGGAGACAGCGAAGUCUACACUCUGGACAACCUCAAGAAGUUUGCCCAGUACGGGGUGGUGGUCCAGGCCUUCAACAGAGCCGGGACCGGCCCUUCGAGUACGGAGAUCAACGCAACCACACUGGAAGAUGUGCCCAGCCGACCGCCGCAGAACGUGCGAGCCAUUUCGGUCACAUCGGACCAGGCGGUGAUCACGUGGGCGGAGCCUCCGCGGCUGACGCUGCACGGUGUGCUGAAAGGCUACCGCGUGGUGUUUUGGUCCCUCUUCCCCGACGGAGGUGGGUGCUGCGGGGGCCCGGCCCGAUGGCCGACGCAGAAGUGGGGAGAGAUGCAGAAUAUCACCAGCACCCGAGAGCAAGUUGAGCUGCGAGGAUUGGACAAGUUCACCAAUUACAGCGUUCAAGUGCUGGCGUACACGCAGGCCGGCGACGGCGUCCGCAGCGACGUUCUCUACAUCCAAACUCGUGAAGAUCUUCCUGGUCCGCCGGCUGGCAUCAAGGCGGUUCCUUCCUCCCUCAGUAGCGUGGUGGUGUCCUGGUUGCCUCCCCACAAACCCAACGGCGUCAUCCGCAAGUACACCAUCUACUGCUCCAGCCCCGGUUCUGGACAGCCGGCUCCCAGCGAGUACGAAGCCAACCCGGAGACGCUCUUCUACCACAUCACGCACCUGAGCCGGGGCAAGCAGUACCACAUCUGGGCCGCCGCCGUGACCACGGCCGGCCGGGGCAACGUCAGCUCAAAGGUCACGGUGGAGCCCGCCGGGAAAGUGCCGGCCAAAAUUUUGUCCUUCGGGGGCACCGUCACCACCCCCUGGAUGAAGGAAGUACGUCUGCCCUGCAAGUCGGUGGGGGAACCGGCCCCGAGCGCCAAGUGGACCAAAGACAGCGAGGACUCGGCCGCUCCGGUGACGGCCGACGGCCAGCGGCAGAUCUUACCCAACGGCACUCUGGCGCUGCGCUCGGUCAAAGCCGAAGAUUCGGGCUACUACACGUGCACGGCCACCAACACUCUGGGUUUCGACACGAUCGUGGUCAAUCUGGUCGUGCAAGUUCCUCCGGAUCAACCCCGCCUGACGGUCUCCACCACGUCCACCUCCUCCAUCACUCUGGCUUGGAUCCCAGGGGACAACGGCGGAAGUUCCAUCAGAGGUUUCGUGCUCCAGUAUUCGGUGGACAACACGGAGGAGUGGCGAGACGUUUUCAUCAGCUCCAGCGAGCGUUCCUUCAGGUUGGACAAUCUGCGCUGCGGAACGUGGUACAAGGUCAAGCUGGCGGCGAAGAACAGCGUGGGCUCGGGGCGCAUCAGCGAGAUCAUCGAAGCCAAAACGCACGGCAGAGAACCCGUCUUCAGCAAGGACCAGCCGCUCCUCACCCACAUCAACUCCACGCACGCCGGCCUCAACCUGCAGGGUUGGACCAGCGGCGGCUGCCCCAUCACCGACGUGAUGCUGGACUUCAGGCCCAAAGGCACUUGGGCCUGGCAGAGCCUGAAGGCCAACUCCAGCGCGCAGCUCUUCCUCGGCGAGCUGCAGGAGGCCACCUGGUACGAGCUCAAAAUGAAGGCCUGCAACAGCGCCGGCUGCGGCAACCAGAGCUCCCAGUUUGCCACCACCGAUUACGACGGAAGUACCAUCCCGCCCAUCAAGUCGGCCCGAGGGCAGCGCGACGACGUGAAAAAGUUGUUUUCCAUCGGCUCUCCCGUCAUUCUGCUCACCAUCGGAGUCGCUUUGCUCUUCGUCGUCCGCAAGAAACGCAAGGAGAAGCGGCUGAAGCGACUUCGAGACGCGAAGAGCCUCGCUGAGAUGCUCAUCAGUAAGAACAACCGCAGCAUCGACACCCCUGUGAAGGGCCCCCCCCAGGGCCCACGACUCCACAUUGACAUUCCUCGAGUUCAGUUGCUCAUUGAGGACAAGGAAGGCAUCAAACAAAUCGGAGAGGACAAGGCCGCGGUCCCGGUGACCGACACCGAAUUCAGCCAAUCCGUCAACCCGCAGAACUUCUGCACGGGCGUCUCUCUUCACCACCAAGCCCUCAUCCAGAACUCCGGACCUUUGAUCGACAUGUCGGACAUCCGACCCGGCACCAAUCCGGUUUCCAGAAAGAGCAUCAAGUCGGCCCACAGCUCCAGAAACCGCUACUCCAGCCAGUGGACGCUGAGCCGACCCAGUCAGAGCCAGUCGACGGCCUCGGCGCGGACUCUGACCUCGGACUGGCGGACCAUGGGCUCUCACGCCGUCGCCGCCGCCGAGAGCGACAGCUACAGCGCCAGCCUCUCGCAGGACACGGAUAAAGGUCGCAACAGCAUGGUGUCGACGGAAAGCGCCUCGUCCACCUACGAGGAGCUGGCGAGGGCGUACGAGCACGCCAAGCUGGAGGAGCACUUGCAGCACGCCAAGUUCACCAUCACCGAGUGCUUCAUCUCCGACAGCUCCUCCGACCAAAUGACCACCGGCACCAACGACCCGGCGGACAGCAUGACCUCCCUCAGCACGCCGUCCGAGCCGGGCAUCUGUCGCUUCACCGCCUCGCCGCCCAAGCCGCAGGACUACGACCGUGGUAAAAACGUGGCCGUGCCCAUCCCUCAUCGCGCCAACAAAAGUGAAUUCUGCAACCUCCCCCUUUACAUGAAGACCGACCCGUUCCUCCGCAAGCAGGGGGAGCUGCACGACCCCUGCCCGGCCGUCCCCCCGCGGGAGGCGUCCGUCCGCGGCCUGACGCAACGCGCGUACCACACGCAGGGCCGCCACAAGACGUUAGACUCUGGCAAGCAGCAGGCGCUGACGCUGGGCCACUCCGGACUGGGCGGCUCGGGCACGGCCACCUUGCCCCAGAGGACUCUCGCCGUGCCCGGCUCCGGCUCCGGCUCCGCGAUCGGCGGCAAGAUGGGCGGCUCCAGAGACUCGCUGCUGGAGGGCAGCUCCUCGGCGCUGGGCCGGCUGCAGAAACAGAGCGCGGGGGCUUACUCCAAGUCGUACACGCUGGUCUAAUCCCGCGACCUCGCCGUCUUUGGUACCCGACUUAAGGUGAGCUGCCCGCUGCCCUCUCCGCAGGGGUCCUUCCACGUGGGACUCUGGAAAAGAACUGCUGACUGCUCACAGUUACGGUUGCGCGGCCAAAUAUUGAUUAUUGGCGUGGAGCAAAUAAUAAGCUCCGGCCUCUGCGGCCGACAUAGUUUGAGUAUUAUUACUGACCGUUCGGAGGACUUUGUGUUCCUUUUGCCCUUUUCUUUUGCCCUUCUUGUGUCUCUAUUGGCAAUUUUCCUCUUUAAGAACUGGUUCAGGUUCACUUCGAGAAGAAGAAGUCGCCGCUCUUUUUUUCUGCCGGGUGUGACGAAGCGUCUGCGAUUAGCCCACCUUGCAAAUGUUUGCUAUUUAAAAAGGAUAAACUUUAUAUAUUUCUAUGUAGGUAUAUUGACAGCUAAGCGAAACCACGAUAAAGCGUAAAAUGGCUCUGUCGUCAUAUUGAUAGAAAGGUCAUUUCAAAAGGACGAGACGAUCCAUCACUGAAAGAAUUCAGAACGGACCUUCUGAAUGUUGAGAUGGGGAAAAGCGAGAUGGACCCACCCCCUUUUGCUUUCAUAUGAUUAUUGUGCCGGGUGACCGGACCGCCGCGCGGCUCGGACGUUAGCCGAGGUUCCUCGUUUGCAUUUGGCGAAUCCAACCGGGAGAUGCUGCUGCUGUCGUCAAGGCGACCGAGGCCAGUCGGAGGCAUCCCGGUCCACGUUUCGACACGUUCAAUGUCGGCAAUUUUCACUUGUGAAAGUGACGAAACGCUCACUCGCGCCAAAUUGACACGCGAACCUACCGGAAUGUCGACUUUUGAGCGGAGUUCGUUUGGGAUUGAGUUCAAGUGGGAGAUCCGAGACUCAAGUCGAGUCCAGUACGCGGCCCGUCGGCCAAAGCAAAUCGGGGACCCGCGGCGCUGACCUGCCCGCGCAGAUAUUCUGUAAAUAUCAGAGUGCCACACCCCCCGGUGCGAAGGUGUUCAAACAUCCUUUGAGCGCGUACGAGGCAGCAUCGUCUGCUCCCUUCGCCAGUCACGUUAGGAGAUGAAGUCUUGUUCAUCGAACCGACUUUUGUAUGAAGAGCUAUUUUCGUCAGAACGUCCGGGGCGGGGGCACGUCACCGAUCAAUUCCCCAAUUUCAACAAUUGACAUCGUAUCUAAAAGAAGAUCUUACUUCUGAAUGGUCCAAAUGUUUCUUUUCCUUCAUGUUUUGAUGCUGAUUUUUGUUCAAUUCUUUUUUUUUAAGAUUGUUGAUGUUGUCAUUCGUCCCAUUAUUUUCUUUUUUGAAUUCUAAUUUUGUAUUUUCUUGAUCCUCUUCAAAAGUCAUUGCAUGCUUGCUAAAAGGGAAACAUUUGAAGUGGGGGGGAAAAAAAGCGUCUGAAGAUCCAAAAAAAAAAAAAAAAAAAAAAGUUGCAGGUAUCCCAAACAUGUUUGAGUUGCUUGUGUUCAAAAGUACAUUUUCUAUGAAAAGAAAGCAAAAAGUAAAAAGAUCAUUCUAAC